AGAGCGCAGGUCUGUCGGGGAAGGAUAUUUGCUCAACACCGCCGUCAAAGCUGGGAGUGAGUGUGUAGCACUCAGUAUGCAGCUGUAUGCAGUUUCAUUUUCGAGUGGUGCAAGGAAAAAACAACGUCCGGCGACGGCAGUUGUGUUCGUGACGGUGCUGCUGAUGGUGGGACGCUGCACAGCUGUCGAUCCUGAGGCCGCUGAUAACGCCGUGGAGGACCCUGGGGCUGCGGUGGGGGCGGCGGGGGAGGAACUGGUCAAGGAGAGUCGACUGGGGGCCAAGGCCUCCCCGCGCAGCCGCUUCCCCGCCGCCAUGAUCGGCUACAACCGCUACUACCCGGAGUACAGCCCCGAUUUUUACUACCCUCCGGGCUACCCGAGAUAUUACCCUUCCUAUCCCAACAAUUACUAUCCCACCUACCCCACAGUUAACUACCCUCCUGCGAACUAUCCCACAAAUAACUAUUACCCGACGGGCUACCCUCCCUACUAUCCCUACGACUACGUCCCCUACGGUUCAGGUGUCAACGAAUAUUCUGCUAGACACGAAAGGGCCUGAGUUACUUUUGAACGCGAAAUAUCCACUUGCAGUGUCUGACAAUAAAAUUUUAUUACCAUAGUUUAGCUAAUUAGGUCCACUUCCAAAGUAUUUUCACCAACUGAAAUAAUAUUAUUUUCUUAUUAUCUCGUUUGUUUAUUACUAACUUAUGUCUUUCCAAGGCCCUAUUGUCACAUCUUAAUGGCCACUUGUAGCACAUACUGAUAAGCCUAAUUUAUUGUUUACUACUUUUUACUGCAAUUAUACAAAGAUUAUUCUCCCUACCACGGUGACUGCAUUCCGAUCCUCUGGUGACUGGUUGUUACCUGUCUUUUGAAGCUCAGACAUGACAUUCUGUAAUACAUCUGCACAUUAUGCACUAGAUUCCUUAAUCAUCCCCGUGAUGUUAUCGUGCAAUCAUCUUGUCGCGCUUAUUUUUCACUCUGUCCCUAAAUUUCUUCUAUUCUGAUAAGUUGCUCAACAACCAUAUGAAUAGGCGCCUAGCUCAUUAGUGAAUCUGGCUCAUCAGUGAAUCUGUUUCGAGAUACGUGAAUGUUCCGAUAGCAAUCACACUGGACAUUUCACAUUCUUUCAUAAUCUUUCUUGAUGGAAUUAUGUUUUGUAAAUACUACAUACUAAAAAACCCCUUAAAAUGAAUAGUAGUUCGUAAUACAAGGAUGCACGCUGAAAAUACCUUACCGGAGCGCAUAUUUAACAUAAACAUUCGAACAGAGGAGAGAAAUAUUCUUCAGAAUGUGGGUAUAUUGUUUCCCACAUGAUAAAAACAAAUUAUUGAUGAGUUUGAGAACUCAGUCGUAGCUCAUAUCUGUGGCUCUCCAACAAAAAGU